GCUAGUACGCGGGUUUGCUCGGAGAGAAGACGCUUUACGUGGCAACGAGUCCGGACGUGACAUCUUCCGCUGAGGACCUGAACUCUUCUCUCCCUCUUUUGGUAAAGUGUGCGGCGGAAUCAGCAGGUGAGGCUCCCAGGUGACAUGUUCAGCACGUGGCCGCUGUUAUGGGCUGCGUUUCUCCCAUGCAUCAGCUUGGCUUAUGAAGUGGACUGGAAGAAGCUGGAUGGUCUCGCCAGAGCAAAAGUGGAGAGCUGUGGAGGAUGACAGCUGAAUAGACUGAGGGAGGUCAAGGCCUUCGUGACCCAAGACAUCCCUCUCUAUCAUAACUUGGUGAUGAAACACAUCCCUGGUGCAGACCCUGAGCUCGUCCUCCUGAACCAUUACUAUGAGGAGCUGGAUCGCAUCCCGCUGUCCCACAUGACCCGUACCGACAUCAACGGUCUUCUGGAGGAGUUGGGCUUCUAUAAAAAAGCACGAGCCGAAGAUGACGUGCCGGAGGAGUUUCGCUUCUCGCCAGCUAAAGACAGCCCCUUCAAAGAGCACCACACUAGAAGAGCACCCGCAAACAGCGACCUAGCACAGGAGCCCCAGCCUGAGAACGAGUCUCCACACAAAGAUUUAUAGCCUUUUUUUUAUAUAUAUAAACAUGUAUAUGAAAAAUAAGUAGGAUCAGUAAUGGAAUAUUUGUGCUCUGCUUUUACAGUACUGGUGUGUAUGUGUAUAUAUAAGUAUAUUAUAUAUGUAUACACACACAGCUGAUCGCAGUGAGUUGUCAUGGAGUCCCGUUUCUGCCCAGAUGAGAACUGAAUGAUGCCCCAAACUGUAAAAAUCAUUCUGUUGAUUGGUUUAGGGCUGAUGAUCUACGUUCUUACUGGUGUAAACUGGUCUCCAUGGAGUGCUGCAUAAUGAGUGCACAGAGAGAGACAUGAAUAAAUAUUUUUCACCAGAAUACA